GUACCCUUGGGGCUAUCUGUCCGAUACUCGAGGUCGUCGACUGGUGCUACUGUGGGCAAUGUGCGGCAGCUUCAUCAGCUCGGCGCUCAGCAGCCUCGCUCCUACCUGGCAGCUUCUUGCUGCGCUUAGAUUCAUCAGCUCUGCGCUUUUGGGGCUACCUAAUAAUGAAGCUCGAUUUCUCAGUCCAAUUCCUCGGGAUAGUCUACCGACCUUGGCGUCUGUUAACCCUCAUAAUGGCUCUACCCCUGGGCGUCGGGGCGCUGAUGCUGUACUUCUUCCAUGAGAGCCCGAAGUUCCUCGCCAAUGUAGGACGGUGUGAUGAGGCUGUAGAGAUACUGACGAAGAUAUAUGUUAGUAAUGGGGGAAGGAAGGGGUUUGAUGUAAAAGAGAUCUACCUCGAAGACGGCAAUAAAGAAGAGGUGGGAGUAUUCUCCCUUCGGUCCCUUUGGACGCAGAUCGCACCUCUUUUCAAACCACCCCUGCUCUGGAGAACGUUGCUGCUCUACUAUUUGACUUUCGUCACUUAUAUUGCCAACAACAGCUUCGCUAUAAUCCUGCCGACAAUCUUCAAUGUGUUCUUCCAGUCGUAUGCGGCGAGUGGCGCUGGCGCAGGUUUUUGCGAUCUCUUUGUACACGGCGGCGAUGUCAAUACCAAUGCUACCAACGUUACCGCUCAGGCGGUCGCACAGUGUAAAGGCACUAUAGAAGACAAAACUAUAUGGGCUGGAUGCGCGCACGGACUAUCCUUCUUCAUUCUGAAUGCUCUCAUCUCAUUUGUAGCUGGAAGACGAAAGAUGCUUACUAUAAUAAUCUUGGUAAUCGCGGCCGCGGCGGCAGUCGCCAUCAACAACACGGGCGGUGCCAUCUCGGGUCUUAUCCUGUUUUAUGUAUUCCUCACCACCGCCAUGAUCUUUGGCGUUAUCUCUUCUUAUUUCGUCGAUUUGUACCCUACCUCCUACAGAGGCAUGAUAGCCUGUCUGGGCAUGAUGGUGGCUCGCCUCAGCGCCUUUACAGGUACCAAUAUUGUUAGCAGCGCUAUGACUGGAAACUGCUCUUCUGCUUUUUACGGAGCCGCAGCUUUAGUUCUGAGUGGUGCAUUUGCAGCGUCUUUUCUGCCACCAGAUUUUCAAAAAUAAAGUUCAAAGAGAAACAUUACUCUGUAGUAUUCCGUUAGCGAACCCGCUUUAGAAAAAACAUUUAUUUAAAGUUUUAAAUUAACGUAAA